CGUUCUUCUUUAUGUCCAACCCUCCGCAUUAGCCGUUCUCCUUCGUCUUCUCCGUCCGAGACAAUCGAUUCCUCCACCUCCGGUCGGAUAUGAUGGCAGCAAAAUCAGGGAAUUCUACUCAAAAUGUAUUUCUGGCACAGCAUUGUCAUUGGAAUAGGCAAUCACACACCAGAUUUUCCAGUAACUCUUGUGCUCUUAGAAUGCGCAGUACACAUCCCUUGCAGGGAUGGAGAUUAGCAUGGCCUGACAAGUCAGCCAUGCAGUUGCAUACCUUAACAACACACAGGAUUGAUCUUGGGAACCGAGCAAGUAUCCAUUGCCAUGCUGCUCAAUGUACUAGUGCUGUUUCAUCCUUCAAGAAAGUCGACUUUCUCAAGCUUCAAAAUGGAAGCGAUAUUCGAGGUGUUGCUGUUGCUGGUGUCGAGGGGGAACCUGUAAAUCUUACCGAACCUGUCACAAAAGCUAUAGCUGCUUCUUUUGCUGCAUGGUUAUUGGAAAAAAAGAAACCAUCUGAAUCAAAACGCCUAAGAAUUUCUGUUGGUCAUGAUUCACGAAUAUCUGCUCAGAAAUUACAGGAUGCAGUUUCUCAUGGAAUUGCUAGUACUGGAGUAGAUGUUAUUCAGUAUGGAUUGGCAUCUACACCAGCAAUGUUCAACAGUACACUUACAGAAGAUGAGAAUUUCCUUUGUCCGGUUGAUGGGUCCAUAAUGAUAACAGCUAGUCAUCUUCCCUACAAUCGCAAUGGCUUUAAGUUUUUCACUAAUGCUGGUGGACUUGGAAAAGCUGACAUCAAAGACAUCUUGGAGCAUGCUGCAAAUAUAUUUGAGAAGGUCACAGAUACAAGUCUGAAGGAAUCAGAAGAAGCUGCAAAUGCAGCUAUUAGUAAGGUGGAUUACAUGGUAGUUUAUACUGCUGAUCUCGUAGCUGCAGUUCGUAAAGCUGCAGGGAACGUGGAGAAACCACUGGAGAGAUUUCGCAUAAUUGUGGAUGCAGGGAAUGGAGCAGGUGGUUUUUUUGCGGGAAAGGUACUCGAACCUUUGGGUGCGGUUACUACUGGCAGUCAGUUUUUGGAGCCAGAUGGCAUGUUUCCAAACCAUGUUCCCAACCCUGAGGAUAAAGCUGCAAUGAAAGCAAUAACCCAGGCAGUCCUGGAGAAUAAAGCAGAUUUAGGUAUCAUAUUUGAUACAGAUGUUGACAGAUCUGCUGCAGUAGAUUCCAGCGGUCGUGAGCUCAACCGUAAUAGACUUAUUGCUUUAAUGUCAGCUCUAGUACUUGAGGAACAUCCAGGAACUACUAUUGUUACCGACAGCGUGACUUCAGAUGGCUUGACCGCAUUUAUUGAAAAGAAACUAGGAGGAAAGCAUCACCGGUUCAAAAGAGGGUACAAAAAUGUCAUUGAUGAAGCAAUUCGCUUGAAUUCUAUUGGCGAAGAGUCACAUUUGGCCAUUGAAACUAGUGGCCAUGGAGCUUUGAAGGAGAAUCAUUGGCUUGAUGAUGGAGCAUACCUCAUGGUCAAACUCUUAAACAAACUUGCCUCUGCCAGAGCUUCUGGUUCAGGUAGUGGUAGCAAAGUUCUGACUGACUUGAUAGAGGGCCUGGAGGAAGCUGCUGUAGCAGUGGAACUAAGAUUGAAGAUUGAUCAGAACCAUGCAGACCUUAAAGGAGGGUCUUUUCGCGAUUAUGGAGAAGUAGUGCUAAAACAUUUGGAGAAUACAACUAGCUCAGAUCCAAAGUUGAAAAAAGCACCCAUCAAUUACGAAGGCGUUAGGGUCUCAGGCCAUGGUGGUUGGUUCCUGCUGAGGCUCUCACUUCAUGAUCCAGUUCUGCCCCUCAACAUUGAGGCACCAAGCAAUGAGGAUGCUGUGAAGUUGGGGCUUGCCGUUCUGUCUGCUGUUAAGGAGUUUGCAGCCCUGGACACAUCAGCACUAGACAAGUUUGUGCAGAAGUAGAGAUUUUUUCACUAAAAUGAAGCCAUUUUAUCUCUACGCUGAGAUGGCUGGAAACACAGUGCUUGCUCCAUGAUAGCUUGUUGCAGAAACAAGAUGACAUUUUGAUGCGAGUGAGGCCUCGUUGCUCGAGCUUCUGUUCUUGUUACACACACGCACACACACAUAUAUAUAUAUAUAUAUGCCAUGAGGGUUGGGUGAAUCUUUAGUGCAAGCAACAAAACAAUGUCAUUGUGUUGUCUGUAGGGGCCUGGAGGGUACAGGGAAAUCCAGAAACAUUCUGGUGUUACAUGAGAUUAGUUGGCAUGUUGCUGAGAAAUAAUCCUCUGCGUCCCAAAGUAUCUUUGAAUAUAUGAUGUUCUUCACAGCACAGCUGCAGAAGAAUAGUUUGUCUCUCAUA